CGACAAAUAAUGUGAACGACAAAGUCAAUAAGUGUAAACAUAACCUAGAAACAAAAAAAUGAAAAGAAUAUGUACAAACAAAUUUAGUGGUUGAAACCCAUCAAUUCGGUAUCUAACUCAUAAAUACCAUGAAAUACUCAUAAGCAAACGAAAUAUUGCUUGGCCCCUCUUGAUUUCUGGAUAUGGGUCGAAAAUGCGCUGUCCCAGAUUGCUACACAGGGUACAGGAAUUGCAAAGAAAAGGCCCCAUUGUAUCGUGUUCCUGACGAUAAUAUUCUUUUAACAAAGUGGCAAGAAGCAAUAGCUCGAGCAGACAGGCUAAUCACUCCCAAUGACUUUGUAUGUGCAAAACACUUUCGCAAUGACGAUCUGCUUACACAGAGGAUUAUUAAAGAUGCUGUGGAGACAUACCAGAGGCCUCGGCUGAGACCAGAUGCCAUACCUUCCAUAUUUCCUGAUCCACCACAAUCCAUCCACGGAACAGUGAGGAAAAGAAGAAAACUGUCUGCCUAUGAACAAAUGAAUAAAAAUGACAGUAAUGAUAAUGAAAAGACAGAAAGUGAUAGAAAUACAACAGAUCAAGUAAUAGAAACAAGUGAUGGCAAAACUACUGAGUCUGUUAGCUUGAGCAUAAUUACUAGUGAAAUUACAAUAAAGGAAGAAAUUGAAUUACCAACAGAGACAGAGGCUGAUGCAUCUAAAAGUGUGGAUACUUAUGUCAACAGUGAUGGUGAAUAUUGUUGUGACCAAUGUGACUACAAAUCGAAAUGGCAGAAUAAUGUUAUUACUCAUAAAGUAGUACAUUCAUCUGUUUUCCUACGUUGUGAAUUCUGUCCACAUUAUACAACCAAAUGGAAAUCAGUUAUGAAGAAUCAUAUGAAGACCAAACAUAGCUUACACAAGGAGAUAUACAUAUGUGGAUUAUGCAGAUUUGAAUCUAUGAGUAAGGAGUACAUGAAGAAGCAUAAGAUGAAUCAUGGUAAACAGGGAGAUACUCUUCAAGUAGACUCAGUUGACAUGAACAAGUGUGACAAGUAUUUUCGAUGUAUGAUUUGCAGUUUUCAAGUGGAGUCUGAAGCUGCAAUGCUGUCUCACAUUGGAAUUGCGCACCAAGAUUUAGUAACGAACGGCGAUAGUAAAAGAGAAACGUCUGAAAUUCAAACUAAUUCUAGAAAUAAGAAAUAUUUUCCUUGUCUAGAGUGUAGUUACAAAGCUGCGUCUAAAAAGGAUAUGCUGAUUCACUUUAAAACUGAGCAUAAAAAUAGGGCCAAGAAAGAAACUCGUGAAAGCGGAAGUAUUGAAAACAAGACUGUUGACAGUCAUUUUUCAUGUCCUGUUUGCAAGUUCUUCGGUCAGUCCAAAUCUGAUACUUUAAAUCACUAUAAGUUGUUUCAUCAAGGGGUCGUUAUCAAAAGAGAACUUGUUUUUGAGAAUAAAAGUGACAGUCCUGUAAGUAGUGGUGACAAAAUGGCCAACGAUAAGUAUGUACGACAUCGGAAAGAAGUUGAUCGCAAUACUUUAGAUGCAGUUGAUAGUCAUGUGGUUUAUAUAAAAACAGAAUUUGAGGAAUAUUGAGCCUGAAGGUCUGGGUUAUUUGCAGCAAUACAUGGGUAUCACACCAAAAUUAUUAAUUUUUGUGUGCAAGCAACCUGGUUCCAUCAUAUUUCAGAAGUAUUGUAUAACUGUGUUUUGCUCCUCAAAAAAUCUUUUAUGGAACUUCUUCCUUUACAAACAACAUAAAGUUGUAUAAGUUUUAAAAUCAGAUUUCGUAAUUGUUGCAUUUUGUAAUUUUUUGUGGUAACAGAAAUUAGAAGAAUAACAAUCUUAUCCGACAGCCAGGCUGCAAUGAAAGCACUAAGUGCCUGUAAGAUUACUUCGAGUCUUGUAUUGCAAUGCAGGGAGGCUCUGGAUUGCCUCGCAGCGAGGCAGGUAUCGUUAAUAUGGGUACCGGGAAACGCUGGGAUAAGGGGCAAUGAGACGGCGGGUUGGUCCUGAGCCAGCUCUAGGAGUGACCGCGCAUAAAGCUAGGAGGAAAAUGGAGACGUGGGUUGCAAUACAACACUCUCAGAAAUGGAGAAGCAUCUCCAGACAUCUCCGCCAGGCACGGGAACUCAUUGAAGAACCCAGUGCUAAGGAUGGACGCUUCUGCCUAUCUCUGGAUAGAGCGAACCUAAGGUUGUUGGUGGGACUGUUGUCUGGCCAUAACAUGUUAAGGCGGUCAGCUGCACGUGACGGGGGGCUGAGGAUCCCUUGUGUGAACGCUGCGGGGUAGAGGAAGAGAUCUCGGCGCACGUUUUGUGUCGCUGUGAAGCUCUGAGCUACUAUAGGCAGACUAUACUGGGGUCCAUUACUUUGGACCCUCAGGACGUCAAGGAGCUUGGACUCAAGGCGAUUCUCAACUUCGCUAAAAGGGAGAGGCUUGUGGUCUAAGGAUUGUAGAGGUGCAUAAGGGCCCGCUUAAGCAUCCUAUGCACUGGCUCCUUAUGGUGGCCGGAAUGCCUCUAAUUUCAAGAUUCAUUCAUUCAUUUAGUCCUGCUUAUGUUGUAUAAGCUUUAAAAUCAGAUUUCGUAAUUGUUGCAUUUUGUAAUUUUUUGUGGUAACAGAAACGUGCAAUGUCUGUUUAAUAGAUGUAUAUAGUCAUUAUUAAUUUGUUGUAUCUUAGAGUCUAGUGUGUAUUUGUUCGAUAGUUCAAUUUUGUUAAUUUAUAUUUGAGUUUAAUUUGUGUUAAUGUAGUUAUUAUACCUAUACAUUUAAUGUAAACUAGCUGAUCCGACAGACGUUGUCCUGACUUAGCUGUGAACUGGGAUAAAUAAUGAAUAAUAAAAGGGUAAAUAUAUGGAAUGUAGGUAAUUGUAUAGAGGGGUGUUUGUAUCGCCAAAUGAUGUCAUUUGAAAGCAAUUAUUGUAUUGCUGGAUAUGAGUCAAAAAUGUGUAAAAUCUGGCCCAUUUCUGGAAACCAAUGAAUGUAGUAAUUCUGGUGGUGGUACCAAUAAAGUCAAUUUGAUUUUUCCACUGACGCAACAUAAUCCAGGGGCUUCAUUUUUAAACUUGAAAGCCUUGCAAUGUGGACUCACAACGUUCAUUGGUCCAAUAGCAAUGACUUGUUGUGAACUGUAAUCAAUUGCCACGGUAUAAUUGAAUGCAGCUCGAUUGGGAUUAAAUGAGAUACUUCUACGUUGUUGAAAUUCAGUCCUUCGAUCCCGUUCAACUUGAUUUCUCGCUUCUUGCUGCUCGUCAGUUUGACUUCUUCAUAUAUAUCUUUGAGUUGCAGCAUUGCGAAUUCUGCGACCUAGGUAGGUACGUUUGGUAGCAUUUUUAAGAAUCACAUUUUUAAUAUAAGGCGUGAUUGCGGUGAAUUAACUUCCACCAUUGUUAAUUAUUUUUGAACAAAUACUCCUCAAAAAACUCACUGAAUAUAACAAUAUUUUUUCAUCGAUAAACACUGUUAAACGAUAAUAUAAAUUUGCGGCGUGCGAGCUGUCAAGUUCAAAAUGAUAGAGUAGUGAAAGUCAAUUAAGCAAAAGAAACGUAUUUUCAUCCGCUAUUUUUAUUCAUAAAGUUAACUGGCAAAGAUAACAAUUGGGCAACACUGCAGUUUCUUUUGAAGUGGCCAUCACAAAGUACGGAUGGUAAAGAAAUGCAAGUCCAAAAACGAAAGCACCGUAUUUUCAUAAGCCAUAGCCAACUGUCAAUAGCUGUUGCAAUAAAGAUGGCGGAGAGAAGUGCCUGUCUCUUUUGGUAUUUGAGAUAUUUCUUCUGCUGUGGGUACUCCAUGCUCAAAUGCGCGUAGCUUAAAUAAUCAGGUUUUCAAUGAUUUCCCAAUUUUCUGUUCAAUUUUCUUUCCGCAAGAACCUUCUAUACAGCAAUAGGAAACUUUAAAAAUGAGAUGAAUGAAAUCACUAAAGUCGUUCUCAAGUUAUGGCGUGACCACGCGAAAUAGGGAUUCAUUUGUAUAUAUAAGAUGUAUUUAAUGAAGCAAUAAAUCACUUGGAAAGGG